UACAGCAAUGGCCCAUAUAAUACUUUCAGCCCUGUUGCUCAGUGGCAUGGGUUUGCUCACAGUUAUUCAGUCAUCUCAGAUAGUCACAAUAACAGCUCACCCAGGAGAUAACAUCACUAUUUGGUGUCAACAUACUUCAGAAAUUGGAAAGAAACUAUACUGGUUCAAACAAACAAACGGUGCUGUACCUCUUAUCAUUGUAUACAUGCUGUUAACCUUCAAGUUGCAGGGAUUAAGGGCAAAUUAUUUAAAUGAUUUUCAACAAGACCAUCUGGUCUUGUAUGUGUACAGCAAAAACACCUCCCUGAGAAUUUUAAAUGUGGAUUUUUCUGAUUCUGGCUUGUACUACUGUGGUUGGCAAAACUGGAUGAUGCAAUUUGGUGAUGGAACACACCUAAACAUCAAAGAGAGAAAUGCUUCAACACUGAAAAAUCACACGGAAAUGACAAACAAAGAUCACAAGAAAAGCCCCAUGUCUACAAGAGUCUGUUCUGGAAGCAUAUUUUAUAAGCUGACCUUUAUUUUUGGCAGUAUUAUUGUCCUUCUCAUCAUCAUUCCUCUCACUCUGGUCAUCAUUAAGAUACAGAGCAGAAAAAUACAGGAACAAGAUGCUGAUCGACAUGUACAACAAAUUGAUGACAAGGAACCACAUUCAGCAAUAUAUGCUGCUCUACAUUUCCCUAAACAGAACACCAGGAAAGCAGAGAGACAUUCUAAGCAAACAUACGUUGUGUAUUCUGCUACUAGAUAG